AUGUAUAUGGAUCCCCCAACCAUUGAGGAGGCACUUGCUAGGUGGGCCUCUUCAGAAAAGAAUGUUCCCAAAGAUGCAAUUUUCCGUCUCUUAUGCGCUCUUCGGCCAUUUGCUCCAAGUCUUCCUAAGACAGCUGAUACGCUUCUUCAUAACCAAAUGGUGAAUACCAUUCCUAUGGGCUCUCCUCUCAUACAGGUGAAAUCAAUUGCCAUGAAGAAAUUUGUUGCCGUUGAAUUCAAGGACAAGACGAAUGCUGUAAUACCACAAAAGUGGAUGCUGAAAGGAGGCAAAAAAUGUGCCUGGCCAAAUGCUGGUGAUGUGGAUGUGUUGGUGAGGAAUGAGGUCCCUCCAGGGGAAGAUUGGAAUAUUUACAAUGUCAAGGUUUUAUGCUCAUCUGGUGCAUACAAGAAGUGUGUUCAGAGGGCAUAUUUUGCCACAACAGAUGUGAGUUCCACUGAAGUGGAAGGGGUGGAAGGGGAUAUGCCUAUGUUUCCCAGUACCUCAGAAUCAUCUAAGCAGUUGACAUGUCAUGGGAGGGACUCAGGAAAACAAAGGACUCCAAGGAUUGUCCCAAGAUAUGAGCCAUAUGGCAAUGAAAUAAGCACACAAAGGGAAUCAUUGGAAAAUCUCAUGGUGCUGCAAAAACUAGAAAAGGUCCUUUUCCAGCUCAAGGAAAAUACCAGAUAUCUUGAAGCUCUCAGAGCUGACAUCCAUGAUAUGAAGAAUUUGAUGACAAAUGAAUCUAACCCCAGCCUUAUGACAAGCCUCCCAGGACCUGCUUCUACUUUUGAAGAAUUACACCAGCUUCUGGAUUCACCUGGAAUUAUUGAUGUGCUGUCACAGUGUGAGACACCUAUUCUCCGGGAGACUAUUCGUUCCAUGUUGAAGCGAAUAAUGGGCAAGAACCUGGCUUCUCAGUUUUCUCUGACUGGAUUGGGAAAGGGAAGGAGUAGGACAAAAGCAUCCUUCAAAGCUCAUAAAGCCUUUCACACUAUUAUGGUUGCCCUGAAACGCUGUCCCAACUUCAUGAAAGUCAAGGAGCUUGAAAUCUCCAAAGAAGUGCAAAUAAUAUUGAGAGGUGUGUGUGAUUGGUAUGGGGGGAGGAAAGAAAGGAGUGGAGCAAAACAGCAGUUCCCCAAAAAAGAGACUGGAGAAGUAAUGAUGAGAGAGGCACUUCAGGGAUGCGGAGAAGAGACAGAUACCUCAGUUUCCUCCAUUGUGCCAUAAAAACCACCCUUUCAAUGUGCCACUGAUUUGCAAUUGUGCAAUAAAUUACUUGAAAC